CGAAAAAUAUACUCUCUGUUUUGCUGUCGUGUCCGGGCUCCGGGUUUUUUUCAAGCAGAGAUCAAAGAUUGUAAUUUAUUGAAAUUAAAAUGCCGUCGGGUAAAAAAUUAACGAAAGAAGAAGAGUUGCUUUUGCAAGAUUUCAGCAGAAAUGUUUCCACUAAGUCAUCUGCAUUAUUCUAUGGAAAUGCGUUUAUCGUUUCUGCUAUUCCUCUGUGGUUAUUUUGGAGGAUACAUCAGAUGGACCCUUAUCAGUCUGGUAUUUUGUUUGCAGUAGUAACUCUUAUAAGCACAUGGUUGGUUGCUUUUGCCUACAAAAAUGUAAAAUUUGUUCUGAAGCACAAAAUUGCUGUUAAAAGGGAAGAGGCAGUAUCUCGUGAUGUAAUGAGAUCUUUGGCUGAAGAUAAAAAGAUGUCUAAGAAGGAAAAGGAUGAACGAAUUUUGUGGAAAAAGAAUGAAGUUGCAGAUUAUGAAGCCACAACCUUCUCCAUUUUCUAUAACAAUGCUCUUUACUUGAUGUUGAUAAUUUUGUUAUCAUUCUACUGCUUAAGAUCAUUCAAUCCAAGCAUAAAUUAUGUAUGUUCAGUUGGUGCAGCUGGUGGUCUUCUAGCUUUGUUUUCUACAAGCUCAAGUUAAUUUAUAUUGUGCAUUUUGUUUUUUAAAUAAAAAGUAGAUUUUUGGUA